CCUCCUCGGUCCCCUAAAAUAUUGCCAUUAUUCCUUGAACCCUGGAAGUUGUAAUGACACUUGUUAACCCAAUCGCCGGUGGUCUGUGAGCUCCAACAAUGUCGAACAAACACCUACUAACUUCUCUCUCAUGCGUUCUCCGACGAACCCUAACUCUGAGGUCUCAUUUCUCAUUCAAUUCCACCAGGUGGUUUCAAUCCGGCACUUUCUUCUCACCCAAUGUAAAAACACACCACCGCCUUUUCCCGUGUAGCGGAUUGGAUUUUCUCGGGAUUCACAACAUUCCCGGAAAAUGUUUUACCUCCUCCCAAUCAGCGGAGAAAGCCAGCGCCAAGUGUUGGAACUGUAGUGCAGCUGCUGAAGCGGUGCCAUUUCUGUUGUGUUCAUCUUGUCGGUGCAUUCAACCUGUGGAUCAGUCGGUGGAUUACUUUCAGAUAUUUGGACUGGAGAGAAAGUAUGACAGUGUGGUGGACAAUCUGGAGGGAAAGUAUAAAGCCUGGCAGAAAAAAUUGCACCCUGAUCUUGUUCAUACAAAAUCGAAGGAAGAAAGAGAGUAUGCUGCUGAACAGUCUGCUCGAGUGAUUGAUGCAUACCUCACACUUAGCAAGCCCUUGGCGAGGGCAAUCUACAUUUUGAAGCUUGAAGGUGUGGAUGUUGAUGAAGAAGAGACACUUUCAGAAUCAGAGUUGUUAACUGAGAUUCUGGAAAUCAGGGAAGCUGUUGAAGAAGCUGCUGACUCUCAGGCUUUACUUCAGAUUCAGUCUCAGAUGCAAGAGAAACUGAAGCACUGGUCUAACUCUUUUGCAAAUGCAUUUCGAAGCCGGAACUUCGAUGAAGCUCUAAAAGCUAUCCGGAGAAUGACUUACUAUGAGCGUGUAAAAGAAACUAUUGUAAAGAAGCUGUAAUCAAGGCACUUCAGUUCUGAAAUUGGUAUGGUUCUGGAGCAAACCAAAUUUAAUUCCAUGAUUGACAAGUAGAAGAUUUGAUGGCAACAUCCAGAUUUUGAUUGACGACCUGGUUGAGAUUUGCCCGGCAUCCUUCCGAGAAAAAUUAAAUGUCAGAAAAUACAAAGAUUGGGCUGACAUUUGGUCCAGCAGCAAGUACUUUUCAUCAUACUAUUCUGUAACCUCUUAUGAUGGUUUAGAGAUAGCUCUUAAUAAUACGAAUGCUUGUUGGAUGAAUUGUCCAUGCACAAGCUGUACCUGGCAAGCACUCUUCUGCAGAAUCUAAGUGUUCUAUUUAUCUUGUUAUAAAAUGAAAAGAUUGUUCCAAAUAAA